AUUAUAAGACACCGUAUUCUAUAGGAAGCAUGUUGGCGUGGUCGGUCGUGCCAGUGCUUACUAUUAAUUAUGUCGGCACAUUUUAGUUUAAAAAAACAUAUUCCUUGCUUAAAUGUGUAAUUUUACAGUGAUUCAUGAUAAUUCCGGACGCUCUCCUUCAAGAAUGAGUAAUGUGGAAUUGUUCGGGAUCUUCAAAAAGGCAGCAAAACUGACGAAAGAUCCGUGCAAUGGAUGUCGCACUGUCGUGUCCCAGCGGCACUUCGCUCUCUCUCCCCGCUACCUCGGGCGGCUGAAGAAGGGAGCGAUGGAGGCUCUGGAGUCGGAGAUCGGGCAUUAUUCAGAAAGCCUUGGUGGUGUCCCCUUAGCUUACUGUAAUCUGCAACUUCUUCAGCAAACAGGCAACAUUCUUGAUGAUCAACCUUACAUUCAUUUCAACGUUUCCUUCAAGGCAGUGAUCUUCAAACCUUCCCUUGGAUCCAUCUUGAAAUGUGUGGUUAAUGAGCUUGGAAAGGAUCACGUCAGCUGCCUGGUUCAUAACUGGUUCAACCUUUCACUCCCUCUCCGGGGUUCAGACGCCGAGGAGAGGUUACCGAAGGGGUCAAAGGUUAUGGCAAAGGUCACCAAGAUUCAAGCAAAGAAUGGGAUCCUCGCAAUACAGGGUACUCCAACAGAGGAAAGGUUCUCAGAUUUGCCCCUUGUGGACCCACUAAAACAGGAUGUUUCUGAUGGCGAAGGAGCAGAAGAUACCGCGAUGGAGACAGAUGCCCCUGAGAAAAGGAAACAUGACAGUGGUUUCAUAAGCGACCCAGAAAACAAUGCAAAGCUCCCUCUAGAGUCGACAAGUGAGAAUGAUGGAGAGAACGUUGGAAAGAAGAAGAAAAAGAAAAAGAGGGAAAUUGAGGAUAGACAGAGGGAUGACAUCGUAGUGAAAAUAGAACCAGAUCUUGAUGUUAGUGCUGACGGAGGGAUGGAAGUAAUUUUUGAAGGAGAAGGUAUAGAGGGAAAGAAGAAGAAAAAGAAAAAGAAGGAUAAAAAAAGGGAAAAUGAAAUGAACGAUUCAUUAUCAGAGAUGACGAUAAAGAAGGAACCGGGCUGGUCACUGGAUGAAGGUCGUACUAACGUCGUCGAUGAUGGAUCGAACGUAGAGCAAAUCAUAGAGAAAAAGAAGAAAAAGAAAAGGAAAUCAAACAUGGAUGGUAAUGUUUGCAUACAGGAAAGCAUCGUUGUGAAGACAGAGGACAUGGAUUCAGAGGAUGGAAGUCAGUCGGGCAAAAAGAAGAAGAAAAAGAAGCAUAAAGAGAGGGAUUCUGAGGAUUCUGAUCAAAAUAUGAGCAAAGCCAUCGAACCUACUGGUGAAAUCAGAAUCAAGAUAGAGCCAGAAUCGGAUGAUGAUCAGACAAGAGAAAAGAAAGUGAAAAGUAAAAAGCAUAAGCAAAGACACAUUGACCAUCAAAUAUCAGAAUCUGAUGGUGAGGGUGAAGAACAAAUUAGAAAGCAAAACAAAUUGAAGAGGAAACACGGUGAUGUGUUGCACAAUGUGAAUGGAGGUGGUGAUCAUGGUGAAAGGACUACACAAAAUGAAAUACAUGGGACUGAUGAAGGGGUUGAUGGUGUUCCCAAGAAGAAAAAGAAGAAAAAGAAACACAUUAAGGAAGAGGUCAUAUAAAACUGGCCUUUAUCAAAGUAAAACAUAUUUCUAAAUGACCCAAAUUCAUUUGGAUGUCUUCCACUUCUUGCACUCUCCAAAGGCAAGUAUGAAUUAAAAAAAGAAAUAAUUCAAUGUCUUUUGUGAUUUUAAUAGACAGAGACAGACACACGGCUGUCCAUACACUUGAGUACCAAGUUUUCCAUGACAAGAUAAAUGGAAAAUCCUUAUGGAAUUCCGGAAGAAAUGGAUAUCACAGAAAUUCACAAAAAGCACAAUUUUCAGGCAAAAUAAUUUGAAUGACCAAAUAUGCAUUGAAAAUCAUGAAAAUUAUAGCAAAUUUCCUUAUAGAAAACUUAGCAUGAGUAAAAAAUCUGCCCAAUAGCCUGUUUUGCAGCGUUUACUUCCCAACUGCUUUCACUUGAAUUAUCACUGUUAUUUUGUUUUUGGUACAUCAGGGUCCCGUAACACAAAGCUUAGCGAUUAAUCGUACGCUUGAUUUUCACGAUUGAUUGUGCAUUGUAGUCAAUGCAAUCAAUCGUAGAAAAAUGUUCUACGAUCGUUGCUUAGUUUUGUGGUACGGGCCCCAGGUGUCCUAUUGGCAGUAUCUUUUCACAAAAUAUACCAAGAACAAAGAGUUUAUAUUUUAAAGUGAUAUUUUUUCAUUUUUAUUUUGUCUAAAGGGAAAAGUCCAUGCUACAUUGCAAAUCUUGGUCACAUAGCAGAGGGAAGAUUGGUGACUUUACAUUAUUCCCAGUACAGAAAACUUCUAAGACUUUAAGUGGACAUGCGCAUUGUUGCAACUGAUUGUCUUUAACUUCUGGGAAUAAUUUACCAAUAGCUAAAAUCAGUUUUAAUAAUAAUAAUAAUGAUAAAUAAUAAUAUAUGAGAUUUGUAUAGCGCACUUUCCAUCUUGUUUAGAUUCUCAAGGCACUUCAGAGCAGAACAACAAAAACUAUUUACAUAUACAUGUAAUAAAUUUCUGAACAAUAAGUCAAUGUCUAUCAAAAAGCACUCUUAUACAGGUAUGUUUUCAGGUUGCCCUUGAAGGUGGUCACAAAAGUCUGGGUUUUCAAACUCUGUGGGAGAGAAUUCCACAGGCCCUGCCCGAGCAAAGGCCCGUUCCCUGCAUUAUUUCUUAGCAACUGGAAUUUGUAAGAGGUUAGAUGAUGAGGAUUGUAAAUUUCUUGAGGGUUGGUAAUUAUGCAUCAAAGACCUAUUGUAACUGGGGGAAGUUCCAUUGACAUGAAAAAUCAAAAGAAGGAUUUUAAGUGAUAAAAUUAAUUUUAUGAGAAUAUGACUGGUCGCUGUGGGAGUGAUAUAUGACUUAGUGUUCUUGCCUCUGUGAUCAGCCUAUGUUCUAGGCGAAGACUGGAGCUCAUGUCUUUGCUGUUUUACUAAAGUCUGAAGUAGCAAGACUAAAAACAUUGACUACAUCUGUUUGUAGUCUUUCUCAUCAGACUCCUCGAGGAAAGAAAGUUUACCCAGUUUUACCUAAAGUUAAGACAAUUACUGCAGCAUCCAUCUAGAUUAUACUAAAUAUAGGCUUCUGUCACAAUUCCAUAUCUCACGCCAAAUGGUGAAAUUGUUCAAACUUAUAAUCAGGUAAUAAUGGAUCAUUUUUUGAAAAUCUCAGAAAGCUUACCAACUUCAAUUUUUGUAGAAAUAUGAUAUAUAUAAUCUGUCUUGUAUGUGUAAAUUAUGUAUUAUGUCAAUUACCAGAACAAUGAAUAAAAUGUCUAGUAACCCAA